GUGCGUGUGUGGUGAAAUCACGCGUGUGUUGAUCCGUGCUGCAGCAACGUGCCUCGGCUCCUCUUGCCAGCCCUGCAGCCUUCUUUUUAAUCUGCAUUCACACCCAGGCUGCUUUCACAUCUCACUAGGUGUGUAAUUCGAGGGCCUAUUCAACUAAAGGGGGGAUUUUUUUCCCAUUUUUAUCUUAUUUGGUUAUUUAAAACGGCUUUUGGGGAGAUAAUAUUAUUUCACCUCAUCUUUUUGUUUUGGACGAUCUCGAGCCUGGCGGGGCUUCUCGCGUGGGGGAAAAAAAAAAAAAAAAACCUGCGUGAUGCAUCGUGGGCUGGGAAAGCACUAAACAAGACGGGCAUCUGCACCAGGCGAGGAGACGAAAAGAUGGUGAGGAUGACGAGGACGGCGGCGGCGACUUCACCAAAUUUAACCCGCAAGUGCUCGACGGCCAUGGCGAAGCCUCCUUGUCUUGCACGCAAGCUCUUCCUGUGGCUCUUCAUCGCCGUCAACCUCCCCACCAGCUCCUUCCAGACCGAUGACGACGAUGAGGUGACCAACAAAACAUGGGUGCUGACCCCCAAGGUGUACGAGAGUGACGUCACGCACAUCCUUAAUGGCCUACUGGAUGGAUACGACAACAAACUGAGACCCGACAUCGGAGUUAAACCUACAGUGAUCCACACAGACAUGUUUGUCAACAGCAUCGGCCCAGUGAACGCCAUCAAUAUGGAAUACACCAUCGACAUCUUCUUUGCCCAAACCUGGUACGACAGAAGGCUCAAAUUUAACAGCACGAUGAAGGUUCUGCGUCUCAACAGCAACAUGGUCGGCAAGAUCUGGAUCCCCGAUACGUUUUUCCGCAACUCCAAGAAAGCUGACGCCCACUGGAUCACAACGCCUAAUCGCAUGCUUCGGAUCUGGAACGACGGGCGAAUCCUCUACACGCUCAGGUUGACCAUUGAUGCUGAAUGCCAACUGAAACUGAACAACUUCCCAAUGGAUGAGCACUCGUGUCCUUUGGAGUUUUCAAGCUAUGGCUACCCGAGGGAGGAGAUUGUGUACAAGUGGAAGAGGAGCUCAGUGGAGGUUGGAGACAUCCGCUCCUGGAGGCUUUACCAGUUCUCCUUUGUAGGCCUGAGGAACACCUCAGAGAUUGUCAGGACCGUCUCGGGCGACUAUGUGGUGCUGACCGUCUUCUUUGACCUGAGCAGGAGAAUGGGCUACUUCACCAUCCAAACCUACAUCCCAUGCACUCUCAUUGUUGUCCUCUCUUGGGUCUCAUUCUGGAUCAACAAGGAUGCGGUGCCAGCCAGGACAUCAUUAGGCAUCACCACCGUGCUGACCAUGACCACGUUGAGUACCAUAGCCAGGAAAUCUCUUCCUAAAGUCUCCUACGUGACGGCCAUGGACCUGUUUGUGUCCGUCUGUUUCAUCUUCGUCUUUGCUGCACUAAUAGAGUACGGCACGUUGCACUACUUUGUCAGCAACAGAAAGCCAAGUGCCAAAAAGGACAAGAAGAAGAAAAACCCGCUCCUCCGGCUCUUUUCCUCCAAGCAGACGCCCACGGUGGACAUCCGCCCACGCUCGGCCACGGCCAUCCAGAUGAACAACGCCACGCACAUGCAGGAGCGCGACGAGGAGUACGGCUACGAGUGUCUGGACGGGAAGGACUGCACCAGCUUCUUCUGCUGCUUCGAGGACUGCCGCUCGGGGGCGUGGCGGCACGGCCGCUUGCACAUCCGCAUCUCCAAGAUUGACUCGUACGCACGCAUCUUCUUCCCCACCGCGUUCGGGCUCUUCAACCUAGUCUACUGGGUCUCCUAUCUCUAUCUUUAAGAGCGCACGUCCAGCCUUAUCACCGCGCUCUUUACGUCGUGUGGGACAUUUCUUCAGGAGCGGGGACGCCAUCCGUCAUUUUUCAUUUGCGCACUUCCCCUUUUCAUCCCAUCCAAUUGGUCAGUUUAGGCGCGGCGGACGUCGCAAAACCUGUAGCAUUACUUCAAGCGGCAAGAAAAAGAUCGAUAAACGCUGAUUGGAAUUAUUCCUGUGUGUGAUCAUCUUGUGUUCACUGUGCCAACGCCUCAUUUGGUUUUGUUUUUUCGUAGACAAAUGGGAAUGAAGUGAAUCAAACAAGUCAAGUUACAACUGUGCUGUGUCAAGCACUUUAAAAGAGCUCAAAUUAGGGAUGGGCAUUUGAUGAGAUUACUGUUUGAUGUUCCUCUUUUUGUUGUUGUUCUGAUAUUAAUGGGAUGGUAGAAUCUGAGAAUGUUCUGAACUCCCUUUUACAAAAACAAAGAGCGUUACUGAGCAAUAAGGUAAAUGACUCAAACUUGAUUCAACUUCAAGACUAAUUUCACGCUAUUAAGAUUGUACUUUUGCAAAUAUUGUAUGGAUGAGACUGAUUCGACAUCAUCUGCGUUAGUUGCAGCCAGGUUGCACAGUCCUAUUUGGUCGCAGCUGCUUUAAACCCAGAUUGUUCUUAAUAACCAAUUAAUUGAUUAGGAUGCCCGUCCCUAAUUUUCAUUUGGCAAGUAACCAUCUACCAUUUUUACGUGUAGUCAAAAGCGACGACGAUGCCGUUUAUGGACAAGUGUAUCGAUAUUGUAAAUAUUUUACUAUCGCAUAGUGUGUUUGUAUUUAUUGCAUGCACCUUUCAAGGCCAAAAAAAACCAUGCAUUUUUUUCCUGUCGACUACUGCUGAGUAUCAUUCAGGUUAUCAUUCAGACAAGAAAAACAAAAAAAUAUUUUACUUUUCAACACGUUUACUGUUAAAAGGCAGCAUUAUCUGUAUGCAAGAAGAGACGCAAGGAAAGUUAGCCUCUCUGUGCGCUUGAGAAAAACACAGCCGCCACAAAGAAGACCUUUUAACUAAACAACAUUCCAAAGCAGAUGUCAGUGCAGAUAGCCGAGGAUCAUUUGUGGAGCUCACAUCUUCUAAGACGACACAAAAUAGAAAGCUUACUUUUUUUUUUUUUUUCUUUCAAACAGCCUUAUCACUUUGAGCUAAAAGUCACCAAUAUUCAUUUUCUCCGAUCCUUAUGCUUUGAAUGGUGGUGUGCUGAGAGAGGUCGCAAUGAAAGCGUUGUAAAUGUCGUGUAUAAUGUCGUGUAAUAUAUAAUGCACGGGUGGCGGGCGGGGGAAGCAUUUUUUGAUAGAUGAAAAUAAAUUUGGUCAAAAAAAGGACAUUUUUUAAUCAGAGAUGCAAGUAAACUUUCUAAAUGAUUUUUUGCAAUGAUUCCUUCCUUAUCUGCCUUCUAUUUUUCUCUAGUACAUCAGGUUUUCAAAACAAUAUAAUAUGUAAUAUAUUUAGUAAUAUUCAUGACUUAGGGGUUUGGUAGAUUUUUUUUCUUAAACAUCAUACCUAUGAAUUUGAACAGAUGAAACAUUUCACUUUACACAAGGUUGAAAACAAAAGAUUAAAAUUUCUAAAACCUGAUAUGCUGGCGAAAAAAGAAAAUUUUGGAACUCGGCAUCAAAAAUACAUUUAGGGACACGUAAAUCUGUCUCUGAUUAAAAUUUGCUGUUGACCAUUGUAAUCGCACAAAAGAGCGCGUGUAAAUCACACUCUGAUGUUAUGUAUAUAAAUUAGAAAAAGAAAAAAAAGCCCUUUGGAUUUUCUAUUAAAAAAGAAAAUGAAAAGAAAGAAAAGGGUCUAUAUAAAAAUAUAUAUUUUGUAAUUUCAGCUUGUUGCAUUACAUAAAAUUACAAUAUAUUAGACUUAUUUAAUGGCAUAGAAUAAUCCAAGGGUGGGGGGUAUUUAUUAUUUAUAGUAUUUAUUUAUUUCAUGGAAAUAAAUUGUACUUUAUGUUCAUAUCGUCAAAAAAAAAUCAAGAGUGCUUUUUUUUUUGUCAGUAUGUCAAUGGAGCUUUAGCUUAACUUCUCUUGUGUUCUUUCUAUGUUGUGGUUCGAUGUUCUCACCGAGCUCUGUCCCUGUUUGCUCGAAUGUGACUCUGCUUUUUUGGAGCUUCAGCUUCACGGGA